UCCAGAUAGCGCGUGAAGUACGAAAUUUGGAAAUCAUUCAUCAUUCGUUUUGUCUACAGAAAGUUUUCUCCAAAACCUUCGGAAGUAAGACUUCCAGAAAACCGUGAUUUUUAGCGUAUAGGAAUUGGAUGAAAUGACUUUAAAAGAUCAACGUUAAGAGAUGGAACAUUUCGAAGAUGAUAUUUGAAUUCAGUGUUGAAAGACCAAUAUUUUGAAAAAAAAGCAUGUUUCGAAGUCAAACUUUCAAUUUUUGACUUUAAUUUAAAAUUGAAAAAAUUCAACUUCUUUAAAGUUGGAAUAACUCAGCUCAGAAAAGCGAUGGAAACUUGGUUCAAACGCCAUUUGAUAGAGGAUUAAAAAUUAAACAAAGGUAGGGUUUGUUCAUGCUUCUGUAUUAUGGGAUUUUGGACUUUUCUAAAUCAGUGGCGAAAAAGUCGGAAUUUUGUUCGUAUUUCUCAAUUUUCUCGAAAAAACUCAACUCCUAUGUAAUAAAAAUAUCAUAUUCGGAAUCAGAAUCAAAAGUCGAAUCGACGGAUAUGUAUUUCGGAAUUUUUACUUGAUUUUCAGGUUUUGGGUGAAAACCUCAAUGAUUUUUCAAGGUGAAAAUUUGAAAAAAUUUAAAAUACUCAGACAGUCCAGAGAUAUAUAUAAGUCGAUUCGACUUUUGAUUCUGAUUCCGAAUAUGAUAUUUUUAUCACAUAGAAGUCAAAAAUUGAAAGUUUGACUUGGAAACAUGCUUUUUUUUCAAAAUAUUCGUCUUUCAACACUGAAUUUAAAUAUUAUCUUCAAAAUGUUUCAUCUCUUAAGAUUUUGGAACGUAACGUGGCUCUCUUAAAAAGUAUCGUUCAGAACAGCGUAGGACUUGGUUACUCCAUAUUCUGUAAAAUUUUUCUUCCAAGGCCCCGCCAAGUCCAAGCUUUUCCGAGCCCAAGCCUACCAAGCCCGAGCUUAACUCGAGCCCAAGCCUUACCCAAGCCCAAGCUUUCGUCCACCAAGCCCCAAGCCGAAGCUUGGGCUUGUAACAUCCCUACAACCUAGAUCGAUUGCUGAAAAGCAAAGGUUGAGAUUAGCAAAUUGAUUUAUAUCUUAGAUAUAUAGGUCAGUUUGUUUUCAUUCAAUUUUGAACAAGAUGAAGUUCAAACAAUCUAUAAUGGAAUGCAAGAAUUAAUUGAUUCAUUUCAUAAAGAUACAAAUAAAAUUGAUAUUAUUAUAGAAAAUUGUCGACCAAAGUUACCAUUAUUAAAUCAACAAAUUAUUCUUAGUGAAGAUAGUGAUGGUCAACAAAGUCAACAAGAAAAUGAUGAUAUCUUCAAUCAAAACGUUAAAUAUAACGAAGCAUUUGAAAAAUAUUAUAAAUUAAUUGAAAAACGAACUAGUUUACAAGUAGAACAACAUGGACUUCUAAGUCCAAAUAUAAUCAGUGAAGCACCACAUUUAAAUUUAACCGAGGAUGAGCAUUAUAUAUUAAAAUUAGGUCCUCGAUUUAUUUUUAACGAUCCAAAAACAGCAUCUCGACGACGUACAACUGAAUUGGCUACUCUACGAAGAAAACUUGAGAGUCGCUUCUUUAAAAAGAAAGUUAAUCCUGGUCGUCCCGUUGAGGAAUUCAUUAAUGAAUUAGAUGCUUUGCUUCAAAAUUAUCAUGAUAUUCCUGCUCAUUCUCGUCAUCGUUCUUUAAAUUUAUCUAUUACUUUAAAUCAAAGUGAACAAAUGAUCAGAUCUUCAUCAAGUAGAAGAAGAAUCAAUGUUAAUCGAGCAAUUAAAAGAUUGAAACAUAAAUUUCGAUUAGCUAACGUUAUUCUUAGGAAGACUGAUAAAUCCAAGGUGUUUCAUUUAGGAAAAUUAGAACAUUAUCAGCAAAGAUCAGAUGAAUAUAUGGAAAAAACUCAAGCCUAUCAAUGUAUUGGCACUAACGAUCCAUUACCUGAUCUUAUUACUCGUACAAAUAAAUAUUUAUUAGAUUUACGUCUGCCUAAAUGGAUUACUCAGAAACAAUAUGAGCAAUUAUGUGUCAAAGCAGAUGAAGCUGAAUUAGCUCAUCUCUAUUAUUUACCUAAAGCUCAUAAGUCUGGUACUCCACUUCGACCCAUUAUUUCUGGAUUAAAACAUCCAUCCAUAAAGAUCUCCAAGUUUCUUGAUAAUCUAUUAAGACCAUUAUUUGAUCAAAUGGCCUUGAAGACAACAGUAACGUCUGGCUUUGAAUUAUAUCAAAAACUUCAACAGUGGUCUCCAAAUAGUAUGAAACAAGAAACUGUCUUAUGUACAAUCGACGUAGCUGAUCUUUAUACAAUGAUUCCACAAGUCGAAGGAGUCUUAUCGUUAAAAAAAGAUGUUAGACCACCUCGAUUUGUUAUGACCAAUAAUUAUUUUAAAUACAAUGGCCAAUAUUAUCAUCAGAUUAAAGGUGGAGCAAUGGGUUCUCCAUUGACUCUUACCAUUGCCAACUGUUAUAUGUUCUUUUUUGAACAAUAUAUAUUAAAACAAAUUACAAACAGUUUCGGCUUAUACGUUCGUUUUAUCGAUGAUAUUUUUAUCAUUAUUAAUUGGCCAACUCGUCGUUUUCUUAAACAAGUUGAUCGUUGGAAUGAAUUUGAUUCCAAUAUUAAAUUAGCAACAAACAUUGGUUUACAUGCUAAUUUCUUGGAUUUACACAUACAAAAUCAAGAUUGUGCAUUAUUUACUUCAGUUUACCAUAAACCAUCUUAUGAACCAUAUUAUUUGUCAUUUAAUAGCAUUCAUCCGUUGCAUAUGAAAAAGAAUAUGCCUUUUGGUAUGUUACUUCGAGCAGUAAGAUAUUGUUCAACAUUUAAAGCAUAUCAACAAGAACGAGAUCAUUUAAAAAUGGCAUUACUUAUGAAUAGAUAUCCAAGUCAAUUUAUCGAUCAACAGUUUAAUCGUGUCUUCUAUAAAUAUAAAAUUGAACAAUUAAUUAAUAUAACUAAUUAUAAUAAUAUUCGUCAACGAAUUAUUAAUAGUUCAAUACAAGUCAAUUUCCAAAUAUCAUGCUUUUAUACACUCACUAUUGCAGUUGUUGAAUAUCCUACGCGCACAUUUUUAAUUAGCUCUCGUAUAUAG